CAUAUUAUUAUUAUAUUAAUAUUAUAUUAACAGAUUAUUAAUUUAUUAUUUAAUAUUUAUAUUUUAUUACCAUCAAAUGUUGGUUUAUUGAGUGUUAAUUUGUUGGUUGCAUUGUGUUAUGGAUUCGGCUGAAGUGGAUUCUUCGAAUUGGAAUAUAAUAUAUCCAACUUAUCUUGAUAAAGAUUGUACUAGCAGUCAGGGCAGGAAGAUUAAUUUAUCUGUCGCUGUUUCUAAACCAACUAUUGAAGAAAUUAAAAUCGUUUGCGAAAAACUCAAUAUUCCACACGUUGUCGAAGAGAAGAAGAGAUAUCCAAGGAAUUGGAUGGUCCCAGGUCGUGUUCGAGUAUGUUUAAGAGAUUCUGAAACUAAUGAAAAAACAAGAACAAAAAAACAAGUAAUGUGUGAAAUCGCAACCUUAAUAUCGCAGUUGAAAACUAGACAACAGCCUAAACAAACAGCACAGUCAACUCCAACCUCAAAAAAGAAGCCUAACAAAAAACGAAGAUAAUAACAAUCUAAUAUAUUUAAUAUAGUAUAUAGUUGA